GGGGGGACCGCCCUGGACCACUGCGCACUCCUGCCCGAGGGCCAGUCGAUCUUCGAGAAGCCUUCUUGCAUGUCAGAUGGCCGGCAGACGACCCUUUCGUCUGAUCAAGUCUCGAUGGGAGGCUGAUCAUGUCCCCCCCUCUGCCCUCCCCUUCCUUUGCCCAGCGUCGUAUUGGUAUGAUGAUCUGUGCAGUCCUGCAUCUCCCAUUCUCUUUCCUUCUCUACGUCCACACCGCUGGCUACCUACAGUCCCAUACCCAAGCCAGCCCGCUUCUCCCCCGUUUCGAGGUCGGUUGCAACGGUAGAACUCGUACCAAGCGGACUCAGAUCUCAAUAUCUUGUUUGAACGGCGGAGAGAGCAAGGGGUGAGGGUGGAAACCGGAUGCACGCCCAACCCCCCAUCCCUGCUCGCCCACGCGGUACACGGAUGGGGACGCAUCCCCGAUCCCGAACAAUGCAAAUGCAAGAUGCAAGAUCUCUCACUCUGUUAGAUCUGAUCGGAUGCUACGUGGGAAGGAACACGCCGGCAUUG